UUGUCUCGAUAAUGUUCAUGAUUCAUGAUGAAAAAUUAAGGAAAAUGCGAAAAGUAUUAAAAAAAAGCGAAAAAAAUGCCAGGAAAAGAAAACCGGGAGGCGUAAAUAAAAUGCCCGACCGUCAAUUAUUAACGAAAUAAGCGGGACGAAGGAAUCGUCGCGCGCCGCCACUCUCAUUCAAUGUGUAAAAAGCCAAAAGAUGGACGAGUCGUCGUCGACGAGUGCGUUGUUGCUUUUGCCGUGUUUUUAGGAAGUCGCCAUUGUUCGGUAUAAAAUAAAUCGGAAGCGGUCGCGAGGGCUCUUGUUUUCAUCUGUUCAAACAAAUUACGCAUAAACAACGCGAAGAAUCGUCCGUAUUUCGGGCCGUUUUAAACGGUGAGACAACGUUAAUUAAAGUGGCGCAACGUUUUUCGUGUCGUCCUUUUGUACGCCGAUAUUUCCGCUAUAACCCAGCCAAAGCAGCAGCAGCAGCAGCGGCGGUUCUCGUUUUUUGCGUUUCGUAAGAUUCGCCUCGUCACGUGGGAGUGUUCUCUUUAAAAAUACUAAACUCGUUACGUGUUGUACCUAAUUGAUAUAAUAGUGAAAAUGUGGCCGUACCAUCAAAAGGCGAUAAACCAGUCAGUUUCCCAGUUAUUAAACGAACAUUAUGCGCGCUAGAGCCGACCAUCAUUGCCGCCCUUUAAAACUUUUAUGUUUUCAUAUGCCGGCAAGCGUGAGUGAUUCAGUGUGUUUUAUUAUUGAUCAAAGUGCCAUUUUUUAUCGGUGACUUAUUUAAUAUAAAAUAAUGUUACGUAUUGUGAAAAAAACUGGAUGAAUGGGAUUGCGUACGGCCUCGGUGAGGUGUCCCGAAUCGGAUGUCAUGGCCCCAGCCCUAACGGACGCGGUCCAAGCCUCGAAAAAUUUUAAUUUGCCCUCGAUAAGUGGUCACCUGGAACCGGCGUCGCCAAUAAACACUUUCGACGUAAACAAAUUCUCGCCUACCGCCGUGAAAAAACCAACUUGUGAACCACCUAGUCCACUAAACACCGAUGAUUUAAGCAUUUCCUACGAUUAUUUGGCCAAGUUCAACGGAGGCUCCCAGCUUAAUAUGAGUUCAUCACCUAUGGGUGACCGAGACGAUACCAUGGGCCUCCAAAAGAAUGAAUUAUUAGGGACUAGUCUGAACAAGUCUAAAAGUUCCGGAGAAGAGGACAAUUUGCUUGAGGCAAAUGUCGAGGACAUUAUGCAACAAGUUAUUAAAUCCAUUGGCAGUACUGACCAAUUAAAUAACUCUUCGAGUGACCUCACUGAUCUCGAUUUGAACAUCGAUAAGGAUCUCUUAGACCAUGUUGAUAACAUGAUGAAUAUCUCUAUUGAUGAACAGUCAGAUGAUCUAGACACUGCUCAAAAAAUCAAAGAAAACCAGGCGGCAGCUCUACUCUCUGACUUAGAAAGCAGACAUUCCAGGAUUGAAAGGAGGUUAGACUUUCUCAGGAGAAGAUGUUUUAAGCUCCAAUCGAAACACAUCGGGCAACACAUCAGUGGAGAAGUCGUAGGUGUAUUCGAACAAGUGCACAGGUCCAUUAAAAAACCCAAAGAUCAAGACAACUCGAAAUCUUUCGGUUUAAACCAAUAUUGUGACCUCACGGAUAAACUGAAACCCCUCUCCGCCUCGUCGGCCAAAGUCCUUGCCAGGAAACUGGAAAUGGCCAAAGUUCUCCAAGCAAACAACUCGGCAAGGCAAAAGAAUAUCCCAAAAUAUUUUGGCUCUGGCUCAAUCGAGCCGGCAAUGUUUAGGAGCAGUUCGGGCGGGCAAGUAACAAUUCCCCACUGGUCGGCGGAACAUAAGCAGGAGCUGAAGAGGGUGAGUGAUCAGCUGCAGGUUCAGCUUCGGGUGGUGCAGCAUGAGGUCGAUUCGGAGGCAACAGAGAGUAGUUCCGGAGGAGAGAGCUGUGAUGAAUCUCAGACUUAUAACAAUCCACACCAGCAGUAUCUAAGCAUUCAAAAAAGGGCACUCUGGAAAUAUUCAACAGACCGAGCAGCCAUAGCCUCCCGAUGGACAUGGAUCCAGUCUCAGAUUUCCGAUUUAGAGUACAGGAUCAGGCAACAUACGGAACUACACAAGAAGAUAAGGGCUGCCAAGGGUGCUGUCAAAUUGGGGGAGGUCAUUGUCCGUUCCCCACCUGUUCAAUCUGAGUCUGAAAUUGCUGGACAUCAUGACUACGGCGUUUCUCCGAUCUCCACCGACGCGUCGACAGCGAUCAACGGUUACGUGGGUCAGCUGCCGGGCGCCUCAAGUCCCCAAAAACAUCCGGAACCGGACGACUGUCAAUAUUGUGCCAGAACCAGACCGUUGACCGGAUUUAGGAAGCGACGACUGUUACAAAUCGCCGGUUUGCACGCGGUAUCGAAAAAGGCGGCGCGACCGAGCACGGUCCGUUGCAACUGCGUGAUACCGAAUGCGCCCUGCGCCCUUUGUACGGGCCGGGUGGAUCCCACUCAUCCCCGGGAUUCACCUGAAACCCUGGGGAAAUCCGAGAAGGUCGCCUUGUUGGAUCCGGCUUAUCAUCCGGUGUUGUCGUUGUUCGAAGAUACUUCGCAGGCUUUGCAUCUGGAGGCUAUAAUGAAAAUGCCCGAAUGGCAGCAGAGGAGUUUGAAAAUGAAGACCACCAAGGUGCUUCAUAAGACGGAGAAGGAGAUGGGCUCGUACGAGCACGCCUCUAAGAAGUUGGAGCAUAGGAAGAAGUAUAAUAGGCUCAAGUCUGUCUUGUCUGAGAAGAUAAAAAAGAAACUGCGCGGGCGUAAAGCGGGUCGCCCGAUAAAACUAAGCAAACGCCAAAGUUUGGCCAGUUUGAGUCAGCACCUGCAAAAUCUGGAGGCGACCGGCUCGGAGGACGCGGAGGUCGAACAAACGUUGGAAGGAGGAUCUCAAUUGUUGGACGGAGGAGGCCGUGGGGGGACGAGCAGCGUCUCCCAACACACCCGCUCCGCCCCGUUCGAUUCUCCCGGCGGGUCGCCGUUGUUGCAUAUGCAGUCGAUAUCGGGUUACAAGCAAAAUAAUCGCGCCAGCAGAAUCGGCUCCUACGACAUUGAUAAUAUUGUGAUACCUUAUAGUGUGGCGGCAUCCACCAGGGUGGAGAAACUGCAGUACAAGGAAAUCUUGACGCCAAAGUGGAGGAUGGCUGGUGACGGUAGUGUACCGACUAAAAGUGAGAAGAAUAACGGCAGCGUCGGUGAGGUCGCGGAAGAUAGUGAUUUCGAAGAUAUAAGCGAGGAGGCGGUGACGGGGCGUCACGACCGCGCCGAACUCGACGAGAAGAAACGGUUCCUCAGUUACAUGAAACUGCCGCCGGGUUACGGGAGACAGCGGUCGCACAAACGGCACGACAGCCUCGCGGAGUCUUCGGGGGCGAACACCCCCGAUCCCGCGAGUCCCCAUCAUCAUACGGACGGCGGUGGGGCCGCCGGGGGCGGCAAAGUCGGUUCGGACGGUCUGAUGGCGGCGCCUUUGGGCUCGCCUCCCUCCUCCUCCUCACUGGCCGAGUACGCGGAGGCGAUGGCGCGCCGACGUACCGUCUCCCAGUCGCGGUACCGGGAGAUCCUCAAGGACGACGGGCCGCCCGUCGAUUAUGUCGAGAAAGCGCCAUUCGAACCGCGAAACUUCCCACUGUCCGAGUCGGACUUUGAGCACAUGAUCCAGGACAUGCCGGACCCUCAUCGGGGCGAGGUGCGGACGAAUUAUCGCGCCCAAGACACCGGCGACGAUCUGCCCAACAAAUCGGAAAUCGUCGAUUCUGCCGAUAGCGAGUCGACCGAAUCCGCCAUAGGUUUUGCUUUAGGCGAGGAUGCCAUCAUGAUGGAGGACGAGGACGAGCGGUUUCUGGAGGAGGAGGAUGACGACGAGGAGGAUCCCAACGAUCCGGAGUGGACCGAUGCGGAAAAGUCCGGUCACAGGGACAGGCACCACAGGAGAUAGACUUACUUACCUAUAGCCAAGGUAGUGCGUACCAAAUUCACCAAUAUUUUUGUACAGCAUAUGAAGAAGAGAAAAUUAAACUUAUUAUUAGUAAAACUAAUUUAGCUUUGGAAGAAAUUUUUUCGGUUAAGAGAUUUAUUUUUCCGAGCUAUAUAAAAUUGCGUUAACUUGUUAUCGUAACCAGCAAUUCUGUGAUUAAGUUGUUUAGUUAGAAGUUGCUUAUGAUACACUCGAUAAGUUGUUUUUUUUUUUAAAUUAAUUAAUUAAUUAAAAGUUUCUGUUCUCUAAUUUGUACAUUGUAAAUGAUUUUCAGAUCGGUUACUUCUUUAUCCCGUGUAGGCUUGUUAAUUAGUUUUUUACUUUUUAUUAUGUAGCCCUCCCCCGGUAAACACUUGCCGACAGUUUUAUCGGUUAUUACAGUAAAUACAUUGUGUCUAAAUCGUUUUGGAUAUUUGCAAAUAUUUCAUUCUUUUUUUAGUAACGUGUAUAUUUUGUCCGAUAUUAUGGCAGUGAUUAAAAUCACAGGGAUGGGUAGCUUUAAAACGUUUUUUUUUUAAACUUUAAAUGGUGGUUUAUGAAGAAUGCACCAGAAACAGAGAGGCCAAUGCAUUCUCAUUUUUAAAUUCUAGUUGCCAGAUUAGUAAGUGAAACUUUCCAGGUAAAACUAUUCUAAUUAAGACCAUUAAAAAUUAAUAUACUUUUGCUCAAGUUGUAUCAUAACAUUCUUCUCAUAAAACUUGACUUUCCUUUUGUUUAAAGAACCCAGUAAAUGCUUUAAAAGAGUUUUUCGAUGUAACUGGACUGUAAAACUAAUAAUUUAUUGUUUAUACUAUAAUAUGCAUCAUUCGCCUCGUUAUUUGGUCAAGUUUUUUCAAAAACAGCUGUGGUCCAGAAAGUUGUUAAUUUUAUAAAAAUUAAAUGAAAAAAAAACCCGUUGAUCAAUUGUAACAAAUUUAUUCAUAAAAUUUACAGAAAACUUGGGAAAUUUAUGUCUUAAAAAUUAAGUUGUCCAAAUGUGCCCCAUUUCUUUCCUGGCACUCCUCAAGCCGAGCCCUAAAAUUUUCAAUAACGCGUUGGCAAGUUUCUGGAGUUAUCGCUUCAAUUUCUUGCUGGAUAUUGGCCUUUAGAUCAUUCAGGGUGGUGGGUCGGUUGCUGUACACCUUACUCUUAAGGUAUCCCCACAAAAAAAAAAUCGCAGGGCGGGCCACUGAAUGUCCCCUCUUCGGGAGAUUAAUUUAUUUGGAAAAAGCGCCUGAACGACAGGCAAAGACAGGUUGGAGAUGUGGCAGGUGGCACCGUCCUGCUGAAACCAAGUGUUUCGAUUGUAUCCCUCAAACUCCUGAAGGGCGGGAGCGAAAAAUGUUUGAAGCAUGUCCAUGUAACGCUGCGAAUUUACGGUAAUUGCGUUGCCUCGAGCGUCUUCGAAAAAAUAGGGACCGAUUAUUCCUGAUCCCGACAUUGCAGCCCAAACCGUGACCUUUGGGCUAUGCAGGGGCCUUUGAUGUUUUGGUAAUUCUGCAGUUUAGCGGCUUUUGUUAAAACUAACGAAAAAUGGUCGGGUUUUUUGCAAAAUGCGUGGAUUUGGAUAUAUAUUUUUCACUAAGAGUGGCGGAAAGUCAAAUUUUAUCACGAAGAGGGUGUUAUCAUGCACUAAAUCACUCACUAUGGGACAUAAAUAGAAUAACGUCAUUAGAAUAACCCUUGUAUUCGAUUAGUUUUGACAACAAAUAGGUUACAACUAAGGUGAGGUUAGGUGUGGUGUUGCCAGUUCUGUCGUCUACUGCGUUUUGUAUUAUAUGCGUAAAACAAAAACUGUUUUUACCUUUUCUUGUAACUAAAUCUGUUAUUUUCGUGCAACAAACAUACCGAAGACACCCAUAAUGUAUUAUUAUUUUGCUAAUUUUUAGAUUUUGGUCCAAAUUAAAAAUAAUAUGAUUCCGCAGUUUAGCGGCUUUUGUCAAAUUUGGCGUAUUUUCACCGGUUUUCUUUUUUAAAUAGCUUAAUUUUAUCUGGAAAAAAUUAAUAAAGUGGCGGAAGGUGUAUUUUGCAAAUAGUUUCUUUAUAAACAAAGUGAAGUACUCACAAAUAAAGGUAAACUGAUUUAUUUAAAUUUUUUGCUGUUCUUUUUGCAUAAAUUAAAUGACAGUCGCUAUCUGUCAAAUGGGUUGUCGACUCUGGGAGUAUGUGUGCAGUGUUUUGGUUUGUUCCGUUUCUCUAUCACCGCGAGGUAAACAUAAGGCGCUGCGCACAGACCAUAGAUAUACCCAACCCAACCCAACCCAAACCCAAACCGUAGCGAUCGAGAGUUCUAGCCGUGAUACUGGUUUCGUGGCGUCAAAAUUGAAGCCGAGAUUUGGUGGCGCACGCCGUACAGUGGAACGACUAAGUGGAGAUACCGCGGGACCUAAUAUUUUACAUUUUACAAGAUAAUAUUAUUUAUUUUUUUUAUUAUUACGUAUUUUUAGGUACCGUCAAAUGGGGUUAAGUGAAUCAAAAUAAGUGGUUUUUUUCGUUUUUCUGCCAAAGUAUUAAAUUAAAAAAUAUGUAAAAAAUAUUGUAGAUUCUGGUAAAUGUCUUAAAAGAUUUUAUUAAAACUUGUAAGCAUUUAGGCAUGGGAAGUCCUCCAUUUUUUUUGAUAAAGUCUGAUUCACUUUACCCUCCGGUUUGGGGUAAAGUGAAUCAUGUAUUAGAAGUGCUGUAAAAUUCACUUUAAACAUAAUGUGGGUAAAAUGAAUCAACAAAAAAUAAAAAAAGAAGAUUUAAACGGAAAAAAACACUUAAAAAAAAACAAAUUCUUUAUUCUAAAGGUAACAAAAGUAAGAUUAAGUAACAAAGUCUUAUUCUAUAACACAUUCUAUCACAGAAUAUUAAGGCUUUAUAAAAACAACAAACUUAGGAACUUUUCUUUAAACAAAAAUGGCACUUGGUAAAAAAAACUUAAGUCUACAUACAAAACAUAGGAAAAUUAACAAAAAAGAAAUUACUCCAACUUUUUAAAUUCGUCGUUGUCUAAGUUAAAAACAAAUUUACCCCUCUUGAAAGACUUUUGACGCAGUUUUCUAAUAAUUUGGUCUUGGCUUAUUAGGCAAAGGUCCUGUAUUUCUGGAUAAACAAAAUACCCCUUUUCCGAGUUUCCCUUUUUUCUCAUGGCAUUUAUAGUAAAUUCUUUUUUCUUUGAACAAUUCUCGAUUUUGCCAACAAACAAUCGAUCUCGUUUCUCGGUUGGAAACUUUGCAAUAAUAAACUCCCCAAUCCUUGGCUCCAUGGAUAAGUCUGUGUCGAUCAUGUAAGUAUCAUCAUUCGAUGUCGACGGAUUUGGAUCAAACUCGUCAAAGUUUUCAACAAUAUUUUCGAAAUCACUUAGGGAAACUUCUUUAUCUAACUCUCGAUCUAACUCAUCAUCCGAUAUUUCCAGGGCUCUUCUUUCGUUUUUUUUCAUGUUUUUUUUAGAUGAUUUUUUUGUGGGUGUUUUAUCUAUUAUCGUUGAUAAUAAACUUUGACUUGACACACUUUUGCCAGCCUCGAUAAUAAUUUUUUUUCCUCUCUUUGUUGAUUGAUUCGGGGUAGUUUUUAAAUUUUUUAGGUGACUGAUUAUUGUGUUACUCCAGGCCUGAUCAUUAUUCUCACCAUUUUCAUCGAUGUGUAAAUUUCGUGGAAUUUUAUUUAAAACUUUGUUGGGAUCGAGCGGAAAAAUUCCACAUGCCUUAAAACCAGCAAAGGAAUUUUCUUUCGACUUUAUGCCAACCUUUUCCACACUCUGUCUCAGCAGCCUUGGAAACUCCGUUUUAGGAAUGACUCCACGGUGUUUUAGUUUCCAUUGUUCCAAGGUGGAUCUCCAUGCAGCUUUUAAAGGCCUAAAAUACGCGACAUCGAGCGGUUGAAGCAAAUGAGUUGAAUUGGGAGGGAGUAAGACAAAAUCAAUUUCAUUAUUCUCACAUUGCUGUACGACAUUAGUGGUAAUGUGGCAAUUUAAGUUAUCGCCUAUUAAAACUUUACGCUCAGCAAGCUUUCGAAAAUAAGGCAUGACAAUUGUCUUAAACCAGUCCUCAAAUAUAUCAGAGUCAAACCAUCCACUCAUGCUUCUGUUAUAUCUUGCUCCUUCAAUUCCUCCCUCUGUCCAACCAUCAUAGGAAUGUUUUGCCUUGUAUACCGUAUAUGGAGGCAGUAAUGUUCCAUCAGCGGGUAUUGUAAACAUCACAGUUGUGCUGGUCUUUGAGGAGUCUAUUAACCUAUGGGCAUGCUUUGCACCUCUUUUUGUAAUUACUUUAGCCGACCCGGGAUCAUCCACAAAAUUGGUCUCGUCGUAAUUGAUAAUAUUUUGAGCAGGGACGUCUUUCAACGUGACCUGCAAGUUUUCAAAAUAUUUUUGAAUAACCUCGCGGGUUAAUGCACCUCUAACGCGUUUUGUAUUUUCAGCCAACUUAACGGUAAGGUCUUUAUUUCUGCUCAUAAAACUUUUGAACCAGUCCAUCCCUGGCAUAUUUUCUUUAAAUCUGGAAUCCCUUACUCCUAGUCUAUUUAGAUAUUGUUGCACAAUUGCUCUAACAUCUGUACUUUUUAAUGGGAAUCCCCAGUCGGCGCAAAUUUUGAUUGUCUCCUUUAGUCUUAGCUCUUGCUCACCACUUAGUACAGGCUGUCGACCAUAUUUUAAAGAAUGUUUGCCAUGAUAUCUUCUUUUAAUGGUACUGAAAGGUACACCAAAUCUUUCAGAUGCUUGUCUCAUGGACAUAUCACCUCGUCUAACCGCUGCCACUGCUCGACGAACAUAUUCUUGAUCGUAGUUACAUUUUCCCUGCGGCCCCAAUUUUUUUUUGUAAAUUCUCGGCAUGCUAAAAAGACCAAAACUAAUAAAAAAAUAUUUCUUAUAUAAAAAAUUAUUUAAAAAAAAAGUUCUAAAAAAUUUAAUCAUAAAUUUACAGCGACACUUAAAUGAUUCAUUUUACCCAUUAAGGUUUGGUUAGGUUCAGAGGUUGGUUUGGUUUGGAGGUUCAUUAACACCCAAGAGUUCAUCAACACCCAACGGGAAUGGGAGGGGAUGGGAUGGGUUGGGUUGGAUUGGUUCUUAAAUUGUUCAAGCACCGCUCAUCAAAUUUUGCGUAUUUUUACAAUUUUUUUUAAAUGGCCUAAUUUUACCAAAAAAAAAUUAAAAGUGGCGGAAUGAUACGAUAUAAUUCGCCGCGAAUAUGUGAUUUUUGAUAGAACUUAAAAAAAAAGAAAUUUUAAAAAUGAUGUACUCCUAAAAAUAAAUUUUCAAUUCAAUCAAAUUUGUGUUUAUUACAUGUAAUUGACAUUUUAAGUUAUAUGUAAUGAAACUAGUGUAUAAUGUUAUGAUUAUACACUAGUUUCAUUCAUCAUUUUUUAUAUGUUAUGAUAAUGAAUGACUAAACAAAUACAGAGUGAAUUCUCCACUUUAGAGAAAGCCAGACUGGAGACAAGGCUUCAGCUGCAGAAUGACAAAACUGGCAACACCACGCCUAACCUCAACUCAAUUGUCACCUAUUUGUUGACAAAACUAAUGGUAUACAAGGUUAUUCUAAUGAUUAAUCGCAUCCUAUAGUCAGUGAUUUAGUGCGUGAUAACACCCUCUUCGUGAUAAAAUUUGGCUUUCCGCCACUCUUAGUGAAAAAUAUAUAUCGGAAUCUACCCACUUUGCAAAAAACCGACCAUUUUUCGUUAGUUUUAUCAAAAGCCGCUAAACUGCAGAAUUACCGAUGUUUUUGCUGCGGGUUUGUUGCACAUCAGUAGCGACAAUUUUGGGUGUUCACAUGGCCAUUUAGCUAAAAAUGAGCCUCAUCGGAGAAAAAAAUGUUGUUGAAUCGCUGAAAUCGAUUCAUUACUUCGUUGGCGAACAAAAGUCUUGCAGGAGGGUCAUUUUCCUUUAAUUCCUGCACUAAUUGAAUUUUGUAAGGAUGCAUUUUUAAAUCAUUGUGAAGAAUUCGCAGCACCGACGAUCUGGAGACAUUUAAUGCCGCCGCGCGCUUGCGAGAAGACAAGGUCGGUUCUCGGCGUAUAGACCCUCUCACCCGAGCAACCGUUUCGGGAACUCUCGUUGUCCUUGACCGACCCAAAUUUGGUUUAUUUAACGUCGAACCGGUGUCGUUAAACUUACGUACCCAUUUUACGAUCAGCUGUGGGCUUGGGGGGCACUGGUUAAUGUCAUGCAAAUCAAAAUGUGCCCGAUAUCUAGGGCGCACAACGGUGGCCGAAUUGUUGUUACGGAAAUACUCUCGUACAUAAAACGAGCGUUGCUCUCCCGUAUAGCGCUGCAUGGUGACUAAAUUUCCCCGAACCAAGCUAUCGAUUGAGCACGCGCGCACGAUUCUAGCCCCCCUACCAAAUUUUAUACGAAGCGUCAAAAAAUGAACAACUUUCUGAACCACACGUUACAAUACCAAAUAUUUUAAAAAGCAAUAAUAUGUUGAUAUCGUCUGUCUGGAUAGCUGGAGAAUUUGGCAAUUUCCAAAUGGUAAGUGAUUCCUAUCAAAGUCUAUUUGUAUAAAUGUCUGGAAAUUUGCAGGAAGUAAACUUUGCCAAAUAAUUGCUGAAUGAAUUUCCCAUCCGAAGUUCCAUUUAUAUAAAAAAAAUUAUUUGGUAUCCAAAUAUUCCGUUACUGUCUGGAGUUCUUACUCACUCUCGCCAAUGUUGACUUAUCAGACAAAAAGUAGAGAAAAUCUUAAAUUAUUUAUUUAUCAAAAAUACAAGUAGCAUUAGCAAAUAUUAAUUACCUGCCAGAUUACCAUAGGUAUGCUGCAAUGACAGCUUAAAUAUACUAAUUGUUGUCAAAUGUUAAAGAACUAAAUUGUGUUUUAUCUUCGUUAAUCUGAAUUUCAGUCUUAAAUAAAUAAACGUUUAUUAUGAAAUGACAAAAUAUUACAUAAAAGGUAACAUUCACAUAAUGUGUUCUUCCAGGCUACCUGACUGCCUUUGUAAUUAAAUUAUUCAUAUAUUCGUAAAAGUUGCUUUUGUCCAGUAGAUUAUAUAGAAAUUGAAGUUAUUGAACAGUUAAAAAAUCAGAAAAAUCCACUGACAUUAAAACCUUUUACUUGAAAUGCGCAUACUUCGUGUUGCUAUCUGAAAAGCUGCAGCUAAUAACUCGAAAUUCCCUGAACUGAUUUCCAGAAAACGCUAAAUGGAAAGUUGCAAAUUUUUAACUUAUUUUACUUCAUUCAGAUUAUACUUCAUUUCAACUAGAUAUCAAUUAUGAGUGGUUUUCUUAUAGGCAAUUGAACUUUUGAACUCAGACUAACCCAACUUCCUGGAAAAUAAUUUUAAUUACUUGGUGAAAAAAAAUCGGAAUGACUGCCUGGAAAAAUUAGAAACAUCAUGAAUAUCAAUUGGAUUUCUUUGUGCAAAUGAUGGAAAUAUUGUUUUAAUUCCAGGCAGUUGAGUCUAAAAAACUCCGUACCAAUUAUCAACCCAAUUGUCUAGAAAAUGUUUGGAAAACAAAUUGGCGAAACUCCAUUCAAAUGAAUUUGAUUUUUCCAUAGAAAACUGGCCGGAAAAAUUGAAAAUAACUUCAUGGAAGUUAAUUGGAGUUCUUUCUAUGGAUAAUGGAAAUAUUGUUUUAAUUCCAGGCCGUUGAAGGCUCUCUGGUGCCUGUUAUCAAUCUUUUACAAAGAAUUGAAAGGCAGUCGACGACUCUAUUAAAAAUGUGUAAUAUUGCUUAUGGGGAGUUUUCUUCCAGGCACGUUAGGACUCUUUGGGUUUCUCAACUCAAUCCAACCUAACUGGAACAGGAAAAUAAUUUUAAUGUCUUGAAAAUUAAUUGGACAAAGACAAAAUUGGAAAAUAUUCAUGGAAAUCAAUUUGAUUCCUUUAUGUGGAUAAUGGAAAUAAUGUUUUAAGUCCAGGCAGUUGAAGACUCUUUGGUGCCUCUUAUCAAUCGUUUAGAAAGAAUUUAAAGGCAGUUAGGACUCCUGAGUUUCUCAACUCAAUCCAAUCUAACUAAUAGGAAAAUAAUUUUAAUUUCUUGAAAAACCAUUGGACAAAGACUUAUGUGGAUGAUGGAUAUAAUGUUUAAUAAGACUCUAGUGCCUCCAGUUAUAUCAUUAAAUUCCCUGGAAUAUUAUGAUCCAUUCUUUAGAAAGACCUUAAAGGCAGUGAAGACUUCUGCAUGUCUCAAUUAAAUCAAACCCAACUGCCUGGAAGAGAUUUUUCAAUCUUCGAAAUGAGAUCAACCCUAUCCAACUCCCUGGAAAAUAAUUUUAAUUCAUUGAGAAAAAAAAUUGGUAAAACUGCCUGGAAAACUUAGAAACCUCAUGAUUAUCAAUUGGAUUUCUUAGUGCAAAUGAUGGAAAUAUUGUUUUAAUCCCAGGCAGUCUAAAAAACUCCGUACCAAUUAUGAACGCAACUGCCUAGAAAAUGUUUAAAAUGGAAAACAAAUUUGCAAAACUCCAUUGAAAUGAACUGGAUUUUUCCAUAGAAAACUGGCCGGAAAAAUUGAAAAUACCUUCAUGGAAGUUAAUUGGAUUUCUUUCUAUAAUUAAUGGAAAUAUUGUUUUAAUUCCAGGCAGUUGAAGACUCUUUGGUGCCUGUUAUCAAUCUUUUACAAAUAAUUUAAAGGCAGUGGACGACCCUAUUUAUUACUCAUGGGGACUUUUCUGCCAGGCAGUUAAGACUCCCGAGUUUCUUAAGUCAAUCUAACCUAACUGGAACAGGAAAAUAAUUUUAAUUUCUCGAAAAAUAAUUAGACAAAGACAAAAUUGGAAAAUCUUCAUGGAAAUCAAUUUGGUUCCUUUAUGUGGAUGAUGGAAAUAAUGUUUUAAGUCCAGGCAGUUGAAGACUCUUUGGUGCCUCUUAUCAAUCCUCUAGAAAGAAUUUAAAGGCAGUGAACGACUCCAUUAAAACUGUGUAAUAUUACUCACGAGGAGUUUUCUUCCAAGCAGUUAGGAGUUUCUCAACUCAAUACAAUCUAACUAAUAGGAAAAUAAUUUUAAUUUCUUGAAAAACCAUUGGACAAAGGCAAGUUUGAAAAACUGGUCAGAAUUAAAAAUAACUUCAUGGAAAUCCAUUCGAUUCUUUUAUGUGGAUGAUGGAAAUAAGGUUUAGAAGACUCUGGUGCCUCCAGUUAUAUCAUUAAAUUCCCUGGAAUAUUAUGAUCCAUUCUUUAGAAAGACCUUAAAAGCAGUGAACACUUCUGGGUGUCUUAACUAAAGCAAACCCAACUGCCUGUCGGAGAUUUUACAGUCUACGAACUACAUGUCAAUCAUUAACUGAAGCUAAGUGCCUGGAAAAUAAUAUGAGUUAAAUUUACCAUAAUACAUAUUUAAAACCAUUUCUAUACAUUUUUCUCUGGCUGCUUUAGAAUUUAAACAACCAAAAACGAUCAUACUUAUGCAUCAGACAAAGGAUAAACCCACUCUUUUAAAUUUAAAAAAAGGCGUUUUAAUGCUACCAGUAAAUCAAAUAGGUUAAGUCAGUUCUUCGCAUUCAUUUUGUUUGUUUCCAUUGCUUUUAGGUAAGUUUGUUUUCUUAGUCAUAUUCAUCGGAUAACUCUUUAUUUCGGUUAUCAGUACAUAAUCAAUAAUAUAACCAUUAUAAAAAAACAACCUCAUAUAGUUUCCUUCCUUCUCGAAUUCACGAUUUUGUAAAUAUUAGGGUUGCGAUAAUAUUUUUUGAGGAGCCUAAAUCAUUUCCGGUUAAAAAUGUUAUCAACACCCUGGUUUAUUUAGUUCAUAUAUCUACUGGCAUGGUUCAAAUGUUACUGUGAAGAACCUUGUAUUAAAAUUAGCGUUAAAUAGGCUUGGGUUAGUGCUUUUCUUUUAUCCGACACUGGCCCGAGUAAACAUUUCUAGCAAAAAUGUGACCCGGUACUCUUUAUAAGAGUUGUGUAACAUAAAAUGAAAAACAAAGUUAUUAUGUAAAAUGAUCGCUACGAUUAUUAUUUUUCAAAUUUGUACUAAAAUUAUUUUUCAAGUUACAUUUAUUGAAAAUUUUACUUGUGUAUAAUAAAUAAUAUUGAAAAAAAUGAAAUAAAAAAUUUUAAAAAAUUAAUAGAUUUAAA